CCUCAUUAAGAGGUUCUUUAAUUCUUCCUCACUUUCUGAUAUCAAGGUUGUGUCAUCUUGUGUCAAGGUUGUGAUUCUGGUUACAAAACUUAAAAUCCCCAGGCGAACAAAUAAUCCAAAAAUGCUCAAGAGAGGCUGGUGAAGGGUAUGGCUGGGGAGAGGGUGUGGCUUGGAGAGACUCUCAGGGGCCGGACAAAGUGUCCCAGGGGCCAGACAUUUGGACCUCAGGCCUGAGAUUCCCUAACCCUGAUAUAAAAUAUUUAGUCUGCCAGGAGUUGAGUGAAGCCAAAUUCAUUCUAUGCCACACAGCAUCACCUCCUCAGAAGCAUUUGUGACAUCAGAUCACUGCCAGACAAUAAUAUUUUAUUGAUAGUUUCUUAACCCAGAGGCAAACAACCUAAGCAUCGCACUUCUUAGAAUAUUCUUGCAGUCUAAUCCGUUUUAGUUCUCUAAUCUCCCUGCAUAUGUGUGUUUUAUGUUUAUAUGUGUAUUGCAAACCCAAGUUCAAAAAGAGAGAGAGAGAAAUGUUGUAAUCUUGCCCACCAGUAGAGUUUUCGAAGAACGGGGUUUUCCUCCCUGAUUAGUAAACCACCAUUAGUUUGUGGUUUCAUUCUGUCCGGAUGUGCUUUGCACCACCGUUAGCACAACUUGAUUGCAAUCUAGGCAGGCGUUUUUAGGAAACUCAGGCUGCCACCGCCACACAGACUGCUUUUUGGCAGAGAGGCACAACUCUGAGAGUGUUUGAAGGCAGGCAGAGAGAAUGAAGAAUUACUGGAUCCUCUGUGGAACCCUGGCCAUCUUUUGGGGAGCUGUUCUUGGAACAGCUUAUUAUGGGCUGGAUGAAGAUGAAGAGAAGGUCCUGGUUGAUAACAAGUGCCAGUGUGUGAAGGUGACAUCGAAAUUCGUCCCUUCCAAAGACAACCCACAAGAGGAAGUACUAGAGAGAAACAUCCGCAUCAUAGUUCCCCUGAUGACCAGAGAGAACAUCUCUGACCCCUCCUCGCCAGUGAGAACCAGAUUUGUCUACAACUUCUCCAAGCUCUGUGAUAAAUGUGCUGCAGCAGACGGCGAGGCCACGAACGACCACCCUGCGCCUGGGGAGAGCAGUAUGUGCAACGACCCCGACCAACCCUGCUACACCUACGACAGAAAUAAGUGCUACACAGCCUCUUGCCUGUUCUCGAACGGUGGGAAGACGGAGGUCAUCCAGACAGCCUUGACUCCUGAAUCCUGCUAUGCUGAUUAGAUCAUAGAGCUGAAUCAUCGUGCAGAGCAUGGUGGGGCAGAUCUACGCCACCACAGAGACUUAUCUCGGCUUCAUAGUACCAGUUACAGCUUCCCUCAAGGGAUCCUGGGAACUGUAGUUCGGUGAGGGUUCACCGUUAGGGAACCUUUGGGGUGGAGAAAAUCGAUACGGUUCUCACCUAAAGGCAAACUCCCCCAAUUCACAUUUUCCAUAACGUGAACCAAAAAAAGCUCCCCUUCAGAAUUUGCGUGUCUCCAAAUCACGCGGUGCAGUUCACCAGACAAAUGACGCGUGCAGAAAUGCACGGCCUGUGCUAAAAUCUACAUAUAAAUGUAUGUUUUAGUGAAAAUAGCAUACAAAAUUAUGCUUGGGAAAUUGCUUUUGAGAAACUGGGUUGAAAAAAAACUGGAUUAAAAGAAAACACGUACAGUUGGAGGGGAGGACUUCACUCAGAAAUCCAAUUUGCUUUAUGAGGAUUCUUUUUUAAAAUUGCACACUAGUGUAGAAUUGUGCAGAAAUGAACUUCAGAUUGCAAAAAUGAGAAUUGGAGAAAACAAAAAUGGACACAUUUGUCCAUCCCUAGGGAUUCCGAAUGCCCCUCACUGAAGUACAGGUCUCUUCUUGGUUGAGGGAAAUAACCGUAUGAAGUCUGUGGUGUAGAGACAUACCCACAUUGCCCUGCAUGCUUGAAAUUAAAAAUAUGUCUUUAUCAGCAGAAUGAUAUCCUACUAUUUCUUCCCCAUAAUUUCUUGCAGUUUAUAGAAUCCCCCCCCAUCUGCAGCCCCUACAUGUUGUCACAAUAAAUAUUGCCUUUCAUUAUC